GAUAAGGACUUCAAAAUUCAAAUAAUGUAAAAUCUGAAAAACAUUGUUUUGGUCAAAAAGAAAAAUGAUUAUAAAAUAAAUAACCGCCAUGGCUUUUCACCGCCUAAUUCAACGGAUCCUUUGAAUAUGCAAUAUGGGAACCUCAAAAUACCACCAAACCAAAAUCUCAGUCCCUUGAUCCUCCUCCGCAAUGAACGACGCCUCCAAUUUGCUCAUCUCCGCCGCGAACCACAGAUUUUCCGACGGCGAGGACGCAGCUGCAGAGGACGAAGAAGAAGACGAGGACGAUCUGUGCGACGUUGAGGCAUGGGAAACCCUAACCAAGAGCUUCGGCGAGGUUCAAUCGGUGCUCGAUCGCAACCGCCGCCUAAUUCAGCUGGUUAACGACAACCACCGCUCCAAACUUCCCGAUAAUCUGGCCAAAAACGUCGCUCUCAUAUGCGAGAUCAACGAUAACAUGGCCAGAGUCGUCCGUCAAUACUCUGGUCUCUCCGCCACCUUGUCCGCCGCUGUUGUUCGUCGGCGGCGCGAAGGAGAUCGAAUAUUGAAGUAAUCUGCAGUCUACUCUUUUUUAAUUGACAAACUUAGUAUGGUUGCUGAUUGAAUUGUGACGAUUUUUACUGUUGUGUUGUGUUUUGUGGUGAGCUAUGGCCAGCCUACCCAAUUUUGCAAUAAUGAUGUACAUAUGCAAUGUUUUGAAAGACUUUGUUUUUUUCUUUUUGGAAAGGAAAAUAUUUUUUCUCCUA